AUGGAUACUUUUGAAGAGGAAAUGAGGAUAUCAAUAACGGUUGUAUGUUCUGUAUUGAUGAUAUUUGGAAUUCUGGGAAACAUUAUGAUCAUACUUACAAUCCUAAAGAACAAGAAACUCCGAGUUAUGAUGAAUGUAUUCGUUGCAUUACUGGCGUUUAUAGAUCUUCUUAUCAUUUCGUGUCUCUUGCCGUUUAAUUUGUAUACAGUUCUGACAAAUGGCGAGUAUAUACUUUUAAUGUCAGGACAGUUUUCCUCAUUUUUGAAGGCUGUAUGGUUGCCUAUAAUUGCUUUGUCAUUUGAACCUCUGUUGAUAGUUGUCUCCUUGGCAAUC